AUGGACGCCAAACGCAACAAUCGCUAUGCGCUCUUCGCCGAAGAGGAUGAGAAUGCAUCACCCAAGAGCAGUCCAGCUUUAGACAUCCCCCCAAACCCGUUCCUAAACCAGGUUGCCGACAGCUCAAAUCCCUGGCAGGAGGUCACUAAGCGCGGCGCUCCUCCAGCGCAGCUGGUACAUCAAUGCGACAAGACGCUGCACACAAAAGACCAAACCAAAGCAGCACUCGAUCGUGCGGCGGAUAGAAAGGAUAGGACCCGCACUUUUUCAUCCGCCACUACUAAGAGUAGCGACACGGCCUAUGAUUCGCGUUCGAACUGGUGCGGAGUGUGUUCCCAGAAGUUCACCAGUAAGUCGGCACUCAUAAAUCACAUGAAGCACACGCCGGAUCAUCAACACUACUGCAAUCUCUGCAAACGAGUUUUUAAAGAUCGCAAUGGGAUCAAGAACCAUGUCGAAAACUCAUUGGCUCAUGAGAUCUUCUGCAAUCUAUGUCUCAGCGCCUUCAAGGACUUGUGGGGUCUUAGGAACCACUUCGAGAACAACUGCCACUUAGGGCAUGAGUUCGCGUGUCUCACUUGCUUACUUGCAUUCGAGAGUCAGGCUCAGCUUGAGCGACAUCUGCAGAAGGCAAAAGAACAUACGUGGUGUGGAACAUGUUGCGGCUACUUCCGUAAUCAAGAGGAGCGCGAUGCGCAUUGGAAAAAGACAACCAAGCACAAGCAUUGCCUGCAACCGGGAUGCGACUUCGACGGUCCUGAUGCAGCCGCACUCGACCGGCAUCUCAAGCGAGAUCACUUCCAGUGCGAAGGCUGCAAGCUUGUACUGCCGAGCCAGACGAAACUCGCCCAACACAGUGAGACGUGUUAUUUUGCAUUGUUCUGCUCCCAGUGCGGCAAAGAAUGCGCUGGGAAGGGUCAGCUGGCGCUUCAUCUAGAGCACUGCUACUUCUGCAACGAGUGCGGAUAUCACACUCAGAAAGAAAAGGAUUAUCAAAACCACAUGACGAAACAUGCCGCCGGUGAUAUACCAUGCUGGGGCUGCGACGCCCCGAUGCGCACCUACUCCAGCCUUAUCGGUCACCUCGAAUCAGGCACGUGUACCGGGAUAUCCAAACCAUUGCUAUGUCUUGGCAACUGGUGGUACUCAACGCUCUACAUGGAUCUCGACAUCCACGUCCAAAUCCGUACGGGUCGCAUAAACCUCGACGAAUUGCAGCAAUGGAUGGAUGGCGGUCUCCUUCACCCUUUUGUGUGCCGCGGUGAUGACUGUGUGAAGCGAUUCGGGAACUUCAGCUCGCUUGUGCUGCAUUGCGAGAGCCAAGCUUGCAGCUGGGAUCUUACGAGCUUGAACUUGCCGGGGCUGGAGAGGGAGAUGAAGCAAUCGUGUCCCAGGAUGGAUAGUCCGAUGGGUUAG